GAGGUGGGGAAGAGUGGUCACUCCAACACCUUGGCGUCGGGCUGGGUCUGCGUGGAGCCCCAGAGAUGUGCCCCAGCCCAUUCUUCCCAAGAACCAAUGAGUAAAAUUAGGGGUCUCCCACCGGAGGUCAGGGAACCAGGCCCUGGAGUGGACCUUGGGGUGGAAGAUGGCCUUCUUUGUCAACUGAUUCAUUCUCCAGAAUUCAACUUGUUCUCCAACUCAGCGGUGUUUGAAAGCAACUUUAUCCAGGUCACUAAGCCAGGGAACUGGAUGGAUGUCUGUGAAGGGCCUAAUACCGUGAUCCUCGGGGUGACCUCCUCAGUGCCCUCCUUACCACUUCCCAACGUUCUCCUGAUGGCUAAUGUCACCUGGCCCCAGGGCCAGUUUCCUACCUGGUGCACACCUGCCUCUGCUCCAGUCAUCACCCUCAGCAGGAUUCUCCCCCUGAAGUAUGUGGAGCUACAAAUUUGUGACCGGCCUCAACGCAUCCUGAGAGUUAGGACAGUGACGGAAAAGAUCUAUUACCUGAGGCUCCAUGAACAGCACCCCGAGGCCGUAUUUCAAUUCUGGAUCCGCUUGGUGAAAAUCCUGCAGAAAGGCCUGUCCAUCACCACCAAAGACCCGAGAAUCCAAUUCACUCACUGCCUGGUGCCCAAGCUGCCCAGAAAUUCCACCGAAACAACACCUGAAAGCAGCCUCCCGACAUCCUCGCAGCCCAGCGAAAGCUUCAUGCUGUUGGCAGCCGAGCAGACCAGUGGCAGUUUCUCACAUCUCUCUGGACGGUCCCAGCUCACAGAAGACAGAACCAUGGAUACUGCCAUUCUGAUUGACAGUUGCAGCAGCUCCAGUAAGACAUUCUCAUCCUCAGAGUCUUCUGUCAAUUUGAACAUACCCAUGAGAGCCGCCCUGAGUCACAGCCUCUGGGAGCAAGAACAUCCCGAUGAGCACUUCCUACAGACGCCUGUAGCCAGCUCUCUAGGAGAGAACUUUCUGGGACCCUGA